AUGGCCAACUCGAAUAGCUCUGCUUUCCGGACCAAACCUUCCUCGUACGUCAUUCUUGUCAGUAGUGUUUCAGCCACUCUGGGUGCAGUAAUUACUCAACCCCUCGAUGUCAUCAAGACCAGACUCCAAGUUCUCCCCAUUCUCAACAUGCGUUCGAGCGUUGGCGUCCUGCGAACCGCCAAAUCUCUCUGGUCCGGCGUGCCACCUCACAAUCGAUGGGCUCAUCGCAUUCGUCUCUUCUGGGCGGGUACGGUGCCCUCCUUGUGUCGCACUGUGCCUGGUGUCUUCGCCUACUUUACCACUGUUAACUUCUUCCAAUCACAUCUUCCCAGGUGUGGGUCUUCUGCUGUGGACGCCUUCACCUUGGGUUUCACGAGCCGCUGUCUUGUGGGGACCCUUCUCCUUCCCUUCACCGUCGUAAAAUCUCAAGCAGAAGCUGGACUGACGAGAGGACGUUCCACGUUCUCAUCCCUUUGUUGGAUCUACUCGACGGCUAAGUGGCGAGGAAUUUACAGCGGUCUUCUACCAACUCUGGCGCGUGACAGCCCAUACUCUGGUGUCUAUCUCCUAUUCUAUACUCAGUUCAAGAAUCUCGUCUUGCCAAGUACGUCUACUGUGCUUACUCGGGGAUCAUCGACUAUUCUCUGGUCGGUACCAUCCGAUAGUUCUCUCAAAUCGAAUCGAGCGGCUGACAGUGGUGGUGGAUUUCUUGUUCCGGCAAUAAAAAUUGCUUUUGGCGAUACCAGCUAUACCACGGCACCUGUACACACUCUCAGCGCCUGCGCACUUCUCGCCGCUAUCUGUGCCACCGCAGUCACCCAACCCGCUGAUGUGCUUCGCUCCAACCGCCAGCUCUCCAUCUCCGCCAUUCCGUCUACAAGCCGGAUUCCUUGGACUCAAGUGCUGCGAGAAACAAUUCGGGUUGAUGGAAUCACCGGUCUAUGGCGUGGCUUCUACCUCCGACUGGCGCGACGCAGCGUCUUUGCUGUAAUCACGUGGACCCUCUUCGACAAGAUUCCCGGGGCAUGA